CCCCGGGUGAGCGGAGGAGACAGACGCCGCUAGAAGGGGGCUGCAGCUGGCUGCGACCCGGGGAAGGGGGGCUCGGCCGUGGGGCAGGAGGGGGAGGAUUGGCUACGGGAGAAACACCAUGGAGCCUGCUUCUCCCCAGGACGAUGUGAAGAAAAGGCAACAGAAGGAGAAGACCAAGAAGCCAGUGCCACCAGUAGCCCCCUGGCCACCCAGGGCUCUGUUCUGCUUAACCCUGCAAAACCCUCUGCGUAAGGCAUGCAUCAGCAUCGUGGAGUGGAAACCCUUUGAGAUUAUUAUCCUCCUAACCAUCUUCGCCAACUGUGUUGCACUGGCCAUCUACCUGCCAAUGCCUGAGGAUGACACCAAUAUUGCCAACUCCAGCCUGGAGAAGAUUGAAUAUGCCUUCCUGAUCUUCUUUGCCAUUGAGGCGAUGCUCAAGAUAAUUGCCUACGGGUUUCUUUUCCAUACGGAUGCCUAUCUCCGAAAUGGCUGGAAUGUGCUCGACUUUUCCAUCGUGUCUCUAGGGCUUAUCACCAUGACCCUGGAGCAGGUCAAUGCGAAGCAGGGAGGGACUUCAGGCGGCAAAGGCGGCUUUGAUGUGAAGGCCCUACGAGCGUUCCGUGUGCUGCGACCCUUGCGCCUCGUGUCCGGAGUACCGAGCCUUCAGGUCGUCUUGAACUCCAUCAUCAAGGCCAUGGUGCCCCUGCUCCACAUUGCCCUGCUGGUUCUCUUCAUGAUCAUCAUCUAUGCCAUUGUAGGACAAGAACUCUUCAAGGGCAAGAUGCACAAGACCUGCUACUACCUUGGGACAGAUGUGAUUGCCACGGUGGCAUCAGAGAAGCCAGCGCCAUGUACCAGCUCUGGCCACGGGCGACACUGCACCAUCAAUGGCACUGAGUGCCGAAGCGGCUGGAUAGGACCCAACAACGGCAUCACUCACUUCGAUAACUUUGGCUUUGCCAUGCUAACUGUCUAUCAGUGCAUCACCAUGGAGGGCUGGACAGAAGUCCUCUACUGGGUAAAUGAUGCUAUUGGGAAUGAAUGGCCCUGGAUCUACUUUGUCAGCCUUAUCUUGCUGGGCUCCUUCUUUGUUCUCAACCUGGUGCUGGGGGUGCUGAGUGGUGAGUUCACCAAAGAGCGCGAGAAGGCCAAGUCACGGGGGACAUUUCAGAAGCUGCGGGAGAAGCAGCAGCUAGAGGAGGAUCUGAAAGGCUACAUGGACUGGAUCACCCAUGCUGAGGUCAUGGACAGUGACCGGACCAGGGGAGAAGGUAUGCUGCCAUCGGACGAAGGAGGGUCAGAGACAGAGAGCUUGUAUGAAAUUGAGGGCAUGAACAAGUGGAUUCUCUACUUCCGUCAGUGGAGGCGUUGGAACCGAAUGUUUCGUAGGAAGUGCAGGGAUGCGGUGAAGUCCAAGUUCUUCUACUGGCUUGUCAUCCUGCUGGUGGCACUGAAUACCCUCUCCAUCGCCUCGGAGCACCACUUCCAGCCUGAAUGGCUGACACAAGUGCAAGAUAAUGCCAACCGGGUCCUGCUAGCACUCUUUGUGGCUGAGAUGCUGCUGAAGAUGUACGCGCUGGGCCUACGGCAAUACUUCAUGUCACUCUUCAACCGCUUUGACUGCUUUGUGGUGUGUUCGGGAAUCUUGGAGACCAUCCUGGUGGAGCUCGGCACCUUGUCACCCCUGGGCAUCUCUGUACUACGUUGCAUCCGGCUCCUCCGCAUCUUCAAGAUCACCAGGUACUGGACAUCUCUGAGCAACCUGGUGGCUUCCCUGCUCAACUCGGUCCGCUCUAUUGCCUCUCUGCUCCUCCUCCUCUUCCUCUUCAUCAUCGUCUUUGCACUGCUGGGCAUGCAGCUCUUUGGAGGCAAGUUUGACUUUGAGGACAUGGAAGUGCGGCGCAGCACAUUUGACAACUUUCCCCAAGCCCUCAUCAGUGUCUUCCAGAUUCUGACUGGAGAGGACUGGAAUUCAAUCAUGUAUGAUGGGAUCAUGGCCUACGGGGGCCCAUCCUUUCCCGGCAUGCUAGUCUGCAUCUACUUCAUCAUCCUCUUUGUUUGCGGGAACUAUAUCCUCCUCAAUGUCUUCCUCGCCAUCGCAGUUGAUAACCUGGCUGAGGCUGAAAGCCUGACCUUAGCCCAGAAGGCCAAAGCAGAGGAACGCAAACGUAGAAAGAUGUCCAGAGCUUACCCAGAGAAAUCUGAAGAUGAGAAGCAAAUGCUGGCCAAGAAACUCGAGCAGAAAGCAAAGGGAGAAGGGAUUCCUACAACAGCCAAGCUAAAAGUGGAUGAAUUUGAAUCCAACGUCAAUGAGAUCAAAGACCCCUACCCUUCUGCAGACUUCCCAGGCGAUGAUGAGGAAGACGAGCCUGAAAUCCCCUUGAGUCCUCGUCCGCGUCCCCUUGCAGAGCUACAGCUGAAAGAGAAGGCUGUUCCUAUGCCUGAAGCCAGCUCCUUCUUCAUCUUCAGCCCGACCAACAAGUUUCGAGUCCUGUGCCACAGAAUUGUCAAUGCCACCUGGUUUACCAACUUCAUCCUGCUCUUCAUUCUGCUCAGCAGCAUCUCGUUGGCAGCUGAGGAUCCCAUCCGGGCUGAAUCCUUCCGCAACCAGGUUCUUGGAUACUUUGACAUUGCUUUCACCUCUGUCUUCACAGUCGAAAUUGCCUUGAAGAUGACAACCUAUGGUGCUUUCCUGCACAAAGGCUCCUUCUGCAGGAAUUCUUUCAAUAUCCUUGACUUGCUGGUGGUUGCCGUCUCCCUCAUCUCCAGGGGAAUCGAGUCCAGUGCCAUCUCAGUGGUGAAGAUCCUACGGGUGCUAAGGGUGCUGAGGCCUCUGCGAGCCAUCAACAGGGCAAAAGGGCUGAAGCACGUGGUCCAGUGCGUGUUCGUGGCAAUCAAGACCAUUGGAAACAUUGUGGUUGUCACAACUUUGCUGCAAUUCAUGUUUGCCUGCAUCGGGGUCCAGCUUUUCAAGGGCAAGUUCUAUGAAUGCACAGAUCCAUCCAAGAUGACAGAGAAGGAGUGCAGGGGUUAUUUCAUCAACUACGUGGAUGGGGACCCCACGCAGAUUGAGCUACAGGAGCGUGUCUGGUUUCACAGCAGCUUCCACUUCAACAAUGUCUUCUCAGCCAUGAUGUCACUUUUCACCGUCUCCACCUUCGAAGGCUGGCCACAGCUGCUCUACAAGGCCAUUGACACUAAUGCUGAGGAUAGAGGCCCUAUCUACAACUACCGGGUGGAGAUUGCAAUGUUCUUCAUCAUCUACAUCAUCCUCAUUGCCUUCUUCAUGAUGAAUAUCUUUGUGGGCUUUGUCAUUGUCACCUUCCAGGAGCAGGGGGAAAGCGAGUACAAGAACUGUGAGCUGAACAAGAACCAGCGCCAGUGUGUGCAGUAUGCACUGAAGGCCCGCCCACUGCGCCGCUACAUCCCCAAGAACCCCUACCAGUACAAAAUCUGGUACGUGGUCACCUCCUCCUACUUUGAGUACCUCAUGUUCUUCCUGAUCCUGCUGAACACCAUCUGCCUGGGCAUGCAGCAUUACAACCAGUCUGCAGAAAUGAACCACGUCUCAGACAUCCUCAACGUAGCCUUCACUGUCCUCUUCACCCUGGAGAUGAUCCUCAAGCUCAUGGCCUUUAAAGUCAAGGGCUACUUCGGGGACCCCUGGAACGUCUUUGACUUCCUCAUAGUGAUUGGCAGCAUCAUUGAUGUCAUCCUCAGUGAGAUUGACACUGUUCUUGCAUCCAGUGGUGGAUUGUACUGCCUCGGCGGAGGCUGUGAUGGCAUUGACCCCGAUGACAACUCGCGUGUCUCCAUCACUUUCUUCCGACUGUUCCGGGUGAUGAGGCUGGUGAAGCUGCUGAGCCGGGGGGAAGGUGUCAGGACCCUCCUGUGGACCUUCAUUAAGUCCUUCCAGGCUCUGCCCUAUGUAGCCCUGCUGAUUGUGAUGCUUUUUUUCAUCUACGCUGUGAUUGGGAUGCAGAUGUUUGGGAAGAUUGCCAUGGUGGACGGGACCCAGAUCAACCGAAACAACAACUUUCAAACCUUUCCGCAAGCUGUGCUGCUGCUCUUCAGGUGUGCGACCGGUGAGGCCUGGCAGGAGAUCCUGCUGGACUGCAGCUAUGGCAAACUGUGCGAUCCCGAGUCAGACUAUGCUGAGGGCGAGGAGUACACCUGCGGCACGGGCUUUGCCUACUUCUAUUUCAUCAGCUUCUACAUGCUCUGCGCCUUCCUGAUCAUUAACCUCUUUGUGGCAGUCAUCAUGGACAACUUUGACUACCUCACCCGUGACUGGUCCAUCCUUGGGCCUCAUCACCUGGAUGAGUUCAAACGGAUCUGGGCUGAGUACGACCCUGAGGCCAAGGGCAGGAUCAAACACUUGGAUGUAGUGACUCUGCUGAGGCGCAUCCAGCCUCCCCUGGGCUUUGGGAAGUUCUGCCCACACCGGGUAGCUUGUAAGCGUCUGGUGUGCAUGAACAUGCCCUUGAACAGUGAUGGCACCGUCACCUUCAAUGCAACCCUCUUUGCACUGGUGAGGACAGCCCUCAAGAUCAAGACAGAAGGUAACUUCGAGCAGGCCAAUGAGGAGCUCAGAACCAUUAUAAAAAAAAUCUGGAAGCGCACAAGUAUGAAGCUUCUGGACCAAGUCAUCCCACCCAUUGGAGAUGAUGAGGUGACAGUGGGCAAAUUCUACGCUACUUUCCUCAUCCAAGAGCAUUUCAGGAAGUUCAUGAAGCGCCAGGAGGAAUAUUACGGGUACCGUCCCAAGAAAAACCCUGUGGAGAUCCAGGCUGGGCUGAGAAGCAUUGAAGAAGAAGCUGCUCCUGAAAUCCAUCGGGCCAUUUCUGGGGACCUGACUGCUGAGGAGGAGCUGGAAAGAGCAAUGGUAGAGGCUGCCAUGGAGGAAGGGAUAUAUAGGAGGACAGGUGGCCUUUUUGGCCAGGUCGACAGCUUCAUGGAGCCCAGCAGCCCCCUGCAGCCCCACGUGGCCAGCCAGAGGCCCCUGCAGUUCACCGAGGUGGGUAGUGAGGACCUUGAUUCCCCCGUCUUCCUUGAUGACUUCCCCCAGGAAGGCAACACCAACGUCAACAACGCCAACCGCUACUGGCUCGAGAGGAUGGAGUAUGAGGAUGAGGUGCAGAGGAAGAUGGGGCCAGUAGGAGCCACACAUCCUUCGCAGGAGCGCAACCACCCCUUACCCAUGGAGAGGCUGCCACGGAGGCUGAGCAGGAGGCGAGAGGCCACCUCUGGCCAUCACCCAUCAUCAGGGCUGCAGCUUCUUACCCAGGAGCUGCCCAGAGAGGAUGGGACUCCGAUGGGAAUGGCAUCCAGUUUGGGAUAUCAGCAGGCUGAAAGCAGUGACCCAAGCACGUCCUCCACACCGGCCAUCACCUUCCUCAUUCAGGAGGCUCUGAUCUCCGGGGGCCUUGUGGCUCUGGCCCGUGACCCAUCCUUCGUAGCAGUGACCAGGAACGAGAUGGCGGCCAGCACCCAGAUGAAGGUAGAUGAAGUGGAGAACGCAGCUUUGGCACUGCUAAGAGCAAGAGAAACACUGCAGGGCACAAGAACGGGCUCUGCCCCCCAGGAUACCUCAGCGGCAUCACAAGACGGCUCCCCAGGUCUCAGUGCAGCCCUCUCCCAAGAGACCAUCACUGCCACUCGCCUGUGAGUCGUCUGCUGAUGCAGCCCAGUGGGCACAGUCCCCUCAGGAGCUUGCAGGGGUUUGCUGGAGGCACUGCACCCCCUCUCUGCCUGGGGUCUUGGUGGGCUCUGUCCAACUGCAGGAGGAAUUUUGGGCUGGGGAGCCAGAGUGCUGGUGCAGGAUGGGCCAAGGCUAUGUCAGCAGGGUCUUGCAAGAGCUGGAUGGGUCAUUAAAGAGUUCCUGCUGUAUGAA